CUUUUACAUGCUCUGCCUGCGGUUCUAAGUUCGAGUUUUCCUUCCGUACCUCUAUUCCACAGACGUACACACAAACUUCCCGGAAUAUCCACCCCUCCCGCAGCCCAAAAUCAAACCCCUUGUCAGUAUCUUACAAAAACCCAAGGAAGAGGACACUUCACGCCCGGAAUUAGCCUCGCACGGUGUUGGAGUUGAUAGAUUUUCGGCCAGCCAUGGUCGAGAGAGCUGUUGUUCCCGCCCCAAAUACAAGCUAAUACGAUCGUGUUUUCGAAAUGGCCUCCCAAAAUGGAACCAAUGGUUCUCAAACAAUCCCGCCCACCUUGCCACACGCAUACUCUCAACAACAUCAUGGCAACAUGCAACCACUGAGCUCUCAAGACCCACAGUACUGGCAGUCGUUUCCGCAAUCAGUUCGUCCCGACGGAGAGCAAGAUACUGCAAAGUUCGUUUACGAUGGACAAGCCUCUGAAGCGCCGAGCCUGACUAUAAGAGAUAAGAAGAAGCGGACGAUAUGUGGUUUAUCAGAGUUGAUUUUCGCCUUGAUAAUUGCUCUCAUUGUUAUCGCCAUAGCGGCGGCUGUUGGAGGCGGAAUUGGAGGAGGAAUGGCCGCGAACCAUUGUCGGCAGGAGUUGAAAGUUUUACGACAGAGUGUUUCCAUCUCUCAGUCCUCGACACUGACGCGAGUAUCCGAAAGUCCAUCUCCGACUUCGACAUUGGCUUCGCCAACGUCACAUUUCGCCAUUGCACCGUCCAGUAUCACGGUUCCCAAGACGGGAUGUCCAGAUUCGAAUGGAACCUUAUACACAUCAACAUUUGGAAGCAAAAGUACCACGUUUACAAAAAUCUGCGAUACAGUCAAAGCGGGUGGUGACAUGUUCCAAAUCUCCACCCCCUCGUGGGACUCAUGCAUGGAUGCCUGCGCUCAAUACAGCAACUUCUUCGCAGACCAAGAUUCGCAAGGCUCUCUUCCGACUUGCGAGGGGAUCAGUUAUGUGCCGGAGUGGAGUGUGCACCCAGAGUAUGCGUAUUCAAACUACAGCACGAGGGGGAGCUGCUGGUUGAAGAAUAGUAUGGACGGUCUGCCGGGUCCAUGGAGUCUUCUGGCCGAGGUCGUGAGUAGUGUGAGGAAAUAAUUGUAGAUUCGAGGCGAGACUCGGGGCGAGGAGGAGCGAAGAAGUAGUGCGCCGGCGGAUUGAGAUACCAUUGUAGUGCGACUUCUCACCUAACGUGGAACAUGACCUGGGUGGAGUCUAUCUAUUAAAUGUCCUGCCGGGACUAGAGAGAACAAUAACAGCAAGC